UAGGUAGCCGCCACGUCAGGGGGGAAAAUUGCGAGGAUCUGGGGCGCUUGGGGUUGUUGGUUCAACCACCAUGUUUACUUGGCCUUGCAGCACCGGGCCCCAGUGCCUCCGCGUGCUCAUCUGAGCCGUGCGAAGUACGGGUCGUUUUGACAAGGAAAGAACUUCAAGGGACAAUGGCUGAAACCCAGACACUUAACUUUGGACCAGAAUGGCUGCGUGCCCUGUCUGGAGGAGGAGGCAGCAGUGGUGGUGGAAGCAGCAAUGCUGUUGCCUCUCCACCCCUCUCACCUGCAUUGCCAAAGUAUAAACUUGCAGAAUAUCGCUACGGGAGAGAAGAAAUGUUAGCACUUUAUGUAAAGGAUAACAAGAUCCCUAUAGACCUGCACGAUAAGGAGUUUCUGCCCAUAUUGCAAGAGGAGCCCCUGCCACCUCUGGCACUCGUGUCUUUUACAGAGGAGGAACAGAGAAAUUUUUCCAUGUCUGUAAACAGUGCAGCUGUACUUCGGCUCACGGGGCGUGGAGGUGGGCUGAUAGCAGGGGUACCAAGAGGCCGAAGUACUUCAAGGGGUAGAGGUCGGGGCAGAGGAGAUGGAGGGUUUUACCAAAGAAGUUUUGACGAUGUGGAAGGUUUUGGUCGUGGAGUAAGGGAGAUGCAUCGCUCCCAAAGCUGGGAAGAAAGGGGAGAUAGAAGGUUUGAAAAACCAGGUCGAAAAGACCCAGAUGCUGCUCCAGGACAUUUUCAGAUCAAUCACAUGCGAGGUAAUUAUGAGGACGGUGGAGCAGGACUCCCGAGGAAGCACGACUUCACGCGUUCAGAAAGUGAGAACUGGCGUACUUCUCGUGAUGAUCAGAAUGGUGAGGAUGAUGAGGGGGGCUGGCGCCCGGCAGGUUCUCGGCGGGACAAUGACCGGUGGUGCCCCCCAAGCCCAGAUGGGCCUCGGUCAGCAGGGUGGCGGGAACACCCAGACCAGCGUCGCCGUUUCCCGUUUGAUGCAAGAGAAGACGAGCGUGGCUACCGGAGGCCAAGGUCAGGCAGUGGCAGCCUUGAAGAUGAGAGGGACAGCCUGCCAGAGUGGUGUCUGGAGGAUGCAGACGAGGAGGCUGGCACCUUUGACUCAUCUGGAGCAUUUCUCUCACUCAAGAAAGCCUCCAAGGAGCCGAUCUUGGAAGAGGCAGAGAUUGAAUUCAAACCCUUGGAAGUGUGUGAAGAGGGCCUGGAGGAUGAAGACUGCCAACCCAAGGAGACCAAAGAGACAGAAACUGAGGCCAAAAGAGAAGCUGACCGAAAAGAGUUGGCUAGAGUACCAGAGGAGGCUCCACUUGUUGCUCCACCUAUCUCAGAGCCCCAGUCUCCUGCUCAGUCUUUGUCCCCAAACCUGCCCAGCAGGACAGAAGAGCCUGAGAGGCCUGCUGAGCGACAGCCACCCCUGGAACUCCCCCCAGAGCCCUGCAAAGUCCCCGUGCAUGUCCCCAUGUCUAAUAGCAUACUGGAAUCUCUUCCUAUGACCCACAUUUCUACCACCCUUGCAGAAGUAUCUGCUCCAUCACCUACUGUCCAUAUACCACAGCAAAAGGCCAUAGAGGUUUCUGUGCCAAUGAACAAUCCUUUACCCUUUCCUUCAAAUAUAAUGGCACCUUUUGGCAGGCCCACCACUGUGUCACAUGACACUGAUGAAGAUGAGGGACUAAAACACUUUGAACAGGAGGCCGAAAAGAUGGUAGCAUACCUGCAGGACAGUGGGGUGGAUGAUGACAGACUUGCAGCAAAGACUUCAGAGAAGCCCAAGCCUGCAGGCCUGCCUCUGACCCAUGAAGCUGCUCUCAAGUGGUUUUACAAAGACCCCCAGGGGGAGAUACAGGGUCCAUUCAGUAACCAUGAGAUGACAGAGUGGUUUCAGGCUGGGUACUUCACAAUGACCCUUUUGGUCAAAAGAGGGUGUGAUGAAGUAUUUCAGCCUCUGGGAGAGAUCAUGAAGAUCUGGGGCAGGGUACCAUUUGCUCCAGGUCCCGCACCUCCACCUCUACAGGGAGAUGGGGAUCAAGAGAGGUUGAAGAGACAUCAGGAGCUCACUGCUCUCAACCUUUACCAGUUACAGCAGCUCCAAUAUCAAUACCUCCUCAGGCAGCAGUAUGCUCAGGCCCUGGCCCAGCAGAAAGCUGCAGCUCUUAGCUCAGCUCCUCUUCAGCAGCAGCAGCAACACCAACAGCAGAUCAACCUGCUUCAACAGCAAUACCAGGCUCUUAAGAUAAGAGCAUCUGAGAGCCUCCUACCUCCUGUUACCCGAUCUCUGUCUGUACAAGACUCUGGUUCUGUGUGGGAAAUGCAGAACCCGUCUACUCAGGCUUCCUGCACAACUAACCUCCAACAAGCUGCUCAGAGCACGUGGGAUGGCAGCAGUGUAUGGGAUUUACCCAUAGACUCCAUGGCGCAGGCUCCAACUAUUGAGCAGAUGCAACAGUUUGAGAAGGCAAAGAAUGCAAAGCUGGAGCUGGAGAGGCGUGAGGCAGAAAUGAGAGCUAAAAGGGAGGAAGACGAGAGGAAACGGUUGGAGGAGGCCCUGAGAGCGCGACAGGAGGAGGAACGGAAACGUUUGGAAGAAGAGGAGCUGGCACGGCAGAAACAGGAGGAGGCACUAAGACGGCAAAGGGAACAGGAAGAAGCACAUCGGAGACAAAAGGAGGAAGAGGAAAGACUGGCGCAGGAGGAAGCUCUUCGAAGAUUAGAAGAACGGCGGAGGGAAGAGGAGGAGAGAAAGAAGCGAGAAGAGUUCCUACGCAAACAGGAAGAGGAGCACAGAAAGCAGGAGGAACUGGAGGCAUUGCGGAGGCGUGAGGAAGAGAAGCGAGCAGAGGAAGAGGCAGCAGCUGCUGCAGCGGCAGCUGCCCUGGCCCAACAACAGGAAGAGCAAAAGAGGAGAGAGCAGGAGGCCCAAAGACAGCAGGAGCUGCAGAGACAGAGACAACAGCAACAAGAGGCCCUCAGGAGGCUGCAGCAACAGCAGCAGCAACAGCAGCAGCUUGCACAAAUGAAGCUUCCAUCCUCAUCAAAGUGGGGCCAGCAGUCACCAAACACUAUAAACCAGACUCAGAAUGCCCUGUCAUUGGCCGAGAUCCAGAAAUUGGAGGAAGAGAGAGAACGACAGGCGCGGGAGGAGCAGCGACGUCAGCAGCAAGAGAUCCUUAAGCUACAGCAACAGCAGGCCCUGCAGCAGGCUCAGCAGCCUCAUGCCAAGCUGUCGGGUUGGGGUAACAUGGCCAAACAGCCAGUUGCCACCAAGUCUUUGCUGGAGAUUCAGAGGGAGGAAGCCCAGCAGAUGAAACAGCGGAAGGAGCAGCAGCAACAGCAGCAACAACAUCCUAUUGUCGCCCCACAGACACGCACUCAAAACAGAACUACUUCUCUGAGUAACUCUGUGUGGGGGUCUGUCAACACCAGCAGCAGCACUAACUGGGGCUCGGACUCCAGCAGCAUCUGGGGUGACACCCACAACUCAAACAUGGGUUUCUGGGAUGAGGCUGUGAAGGAAGUUGUCCAGCAACCUCAACAGACCCGAAAAGGCAACGCGCAGAAGAACAAUAAAGGCAACGCCAACCUCAGUAACUCUUUGAGUGGGCGAGCCAAUAAGAAGGUGGAGGAGGAGGAGAAGCUGCUAAAGUUGUUCCAAGGUGUCAACAAGAGUCAACAGGACACGUUCAUGCAAUGGUGUGAGCAGACUCUGCACACCCUCAACACGGCCAACAACCUGGAUGUUCCUACGUUUGCAUCCUUCCUCAAAGAAGUGGACUCUCCGUACGAGGUGCACGACUACAUCAGGGCCUACCUGGGGGACACUCCCGAGGCCAAGGACUUUGCCAAACAGUUCCUAGAACGUCGUGCCAAACAGAACGCUAACCAACAGAAACAGGCACCACAGAAACAACAGCAAUCCCUCAAGCAGCAGCAGCAGCAGCAGCAACAGCAACAGCAGGAUUCUGUCUGGGGUGGAACAGGAUCUUCAUCAGUUUACCAAUCCAACCAUACGAGUGGGCAGCAGCAGCGCUUUGAGACAGUCACCUCAGGGAAGAAGAAAAAGAAGCAGAAGAUGGUCCGGGCAGACCCCAGCCUACUAGGUUUUUCCGUGAAUGCGUCAUCUGAGAGAUUGAAUAUGGGAGAGAUUGAAACUUUGGAGGACUUUUAAGGGACUGCAGCCAAGCAAACCCCCCCACUGACUGUAUCCAAUUUGAACAGCAGCUGCUUUACCCGAACCCCCAACUGCUUCCUCGACUUUCACCCUUUAUUUUUCAGUUUCCCUUUUAUCAGGAGUACUCUGGCCAUUGAGGCAGAGCGUAUUUUCCUGAUGCAAACUGACCUUUGAUCUAAAAUUAACCCUUAAGAGAAACGGACUGGAGCAAACAGUCGAGGGAUACCCCCAACCAACCCAAGUGAGCAAGGAAGUCAAGUUAAUGGAGAGUCUGCUGGUUUGCUGACGUCUCUUCAACUGCUUCAUCCAAAAUCAACCAAUUUAAAAUUUGGCCUAAACUGUAUCUGAUUGUUUUGUUUUGGUUUUUUUAUAUAUGUUUUGAAGUGUGGAUACAUGAAUGGGGUAGCAUGGGAAAGAUUAGAGAUUAUAUCCAUUAUUUUUUGUUUUUAUUUAUUGAGUUCCCCCCUACACUUUAGUUCCCCACCCCCUUCCUCCCCUCCUCCCUUUUUUUGGCUGGGUGUUCAUGGAUAAUGACAGCAAAGUAGAGCCCAAGGAUUCGUGCCCACUUAUGUCCUGUUUUAAGGACAAGUUCAAAAGUUCCAAGUAGUUAUCUAUUUCUUGUAAAAUACUAGGCUGUUUAAAGAAUAAACUUUCAAUUCUGCAUCUGUAUUAUAAUAUAUGAAAAUGAUCUGCUGGAGUCAUACUUUUUUAUUGCAGUAUGAAAUAAUAAAACCGUCUGAUCUGUGGGCUGUUCACACCUGUGUCUGAACACAGAAAAACUGCAAA